ACUACUGCAUGCAUUCAGAUGUGGGCAGAGUAGAGGAUGGCCCUAACACAGCAGGCCAGACUGUCCUUCAGACUGCAUUUAAACCGCUGCUAUUAACUAUUAGAGGGUUUGUUCUUUAAAGGGUCCUGCUAUAGGGGUGUAUAGCCUGGCCGACUCCACCCCCGUGAUUGAAAUGCUUUAUAAAUGCAGGAGCAGCGUGCCCACAGCAGCGAGUGAAAGCUUAUUGGUGCCCCUGAACAUGAAGGGACUGAGCUUGGUUCUCCUUGUGUUUCUCCUGAUGUUUACAGUCGGGGAGGGCAUAGAUCACGAACUGCAAUACUGGACAUGUGGGCAUAGAGGACUCUGCAGGCGGUUCUGCUAUGCUCAGGAGUACAUUGUCCAUCAUCAUGGGUGCCCUCGAAGAUACAGGUGCUGUGCCAUACGGUCCUAACACCUUCCUGGCAUCAGCUGGAGUCUACAGCACAUCACAAUGACCCUCUAAGUGCAGUGUUAUUUUGAAAAUGAGCACUUUUGCUGUGAAUUUCCCAUCUUUAACCAGCCCUCAUUUGACAUGAAACUGUGUUCUUGGCUUGGAAAUGAUUGUGUGAUUUAUUCUGCCUCUCAAAGUUGAAGAAAAAAAAUACUUUUUGAAAUUGAGUGUUACUAAUAAAG